AUACGAAAAUACACUACAACAAGAGCUCCUGCUAAGUUUCGGUUUCUCUCUCUCUACAAAUUCUAUCUUAGAUCAAUCUCUCUUGUCUGCAAACAAAACAAAACCCUCUCUCGAAGAAACCCUAGAUUUUUCUAAACCUCGAUUGUUUGAUUAAUCUGAUUAAUUAUUUUACCCUUUGAAUUUUGAUUCUCAUUAUUGGAUCAGUCUCGACUUCGAUCGAUUCUCCGUCUAAUUAUAGAAUCGAUCGACUCUGUAGUUGCCCUUUUGUGUGUAAAGGCAAUGUUUUUAUCAUCCUUUUGAUUUUAACAUGAAGUUGAAGCGAAAGAGGGCCGUGGAAGUGCCGCCGAAAAUCAGGUCAUUCAUCAAUAAUGUCAUUGCCACUCCACUUGAAAGUAUAGGCGAACCCUUAAGAAGCUUUGUCUGGGACUUUGAUAAGGGAGAUUUUCACCAAUGGGUUGAUCUUUUUAAUCACUUUGAUUCUUAUUUUGAUAAGUACAUAAAAUCAAGGAAAGAUUUGCAGGUUGAGGACAAUUUCCUAGGAUCAGACCCUCCUUUCCCAAAAGAUGCUGUUCUUCAAAUUCUCCGUGUGAUUAGAAUUAUAUUGGAGAACUGUACUAAUAAGCACUUUUAUAGCUCCUAUGAGCACCUUUCAUCUCUGCUUGCUUCCACUGAUGCUGAUGUGGUCGAGGCCUGCUUACAAACAUUAGCAGCAUUUUUAAAGAAGGCCGUUGGAAAGUACGUAAUAAGGGAUUCUGGUCUUCACUCAAAAUUAUUUGCUUUUGCACAAGGUUGGGGAGGAAAGGAAGAAGGCCUCGGACUAGUUGCUUGUGCUGUACAGGAUGGAUCAGAUCAAGUCUCUAGUGACUUAGGUAGCACCCUUCACUUUGAGUUCUAUGCAGAUGAUACAUCAAGUGCACUCCCUGCAUCAGAGCAACCAAUUCAAGGGUUGCAGAUUAUUCAUUUGCAGAAUGUUAACAGUUACCAGGUUUCUGACAUUGAACUUCUGUACAAGUUAGUUCUGGAGUACAAAGUCCCCCCUGCAUUGAGAUUUUUCUUAUUGACGAGAUUGCGGUUUGCUAGAGCUUUCAGCUCUCUGGCUUCCCGACAACAGUACACAUGUGUCCGCCUUUAUGCAUUCAUGGUUCUUGUACAAUCAUGCAGUGAUACAGAAGAUUUAGUAUCUUUCUUUAACACUGAGCCGGAGUUCAUUAAUGAAUUAGUUACACUAUUAAGCUACGAAGAUGCAGUUCCUGAAAAAAUCCGAAUUCUCAGCCUGCUUUGCCUGGUUGCUCUUUGUCAAGAUCGUUCACGCCAACCAAGUGUUUUAAUUGCUGUAACCUCUGGUGGUCAUCGUGGCAUUUUGUCUAGCCUUAUGCAGAAGGCUAUUGAUUCUGUCAGUAGUUCGUCAAAAUGGUCAGUCAUUUUUGCUGAAGCUUUGCUAUCUCUUGUUACUGUUCUGGUUUCCUCUUCAUCAGGUUGCUCUGCCAUGCGGGAAGCUGGAUUUAUACCUACACUUCUACCUCUUCUUAAGGAUACAGAUCCGCAGCACUUGCAUUUGGUCAGUACUGCAGUACAUGUUCUAGAAGCUUUUAUGGAUUACAGCAACCCUGCAGCUGCACUGUUCAGGGACCUAGGUGGCUUGGAUGAUACUAUUUCACGUCUUAAAGUAGAAGUUUCCUAUGUUGAAAACCUUAUAAACCAACAAGGUACAUCUGUUGCGAGUCCUGCAUGUCGUACUGAAAUAGCUGGUGCCUCAUCCUCCGAGCUUGAUAGUGGGCAACCCCUUUAUUCAGAAGCAUUGGUUGCAUCUCAUCGUCGGUCGUUAAUGAAAGCUUUACUACGUGCUAUAUCUCUGGGAACUUAUGCUCCUGGAAGCACCUCACGGAUAUAUGGUUCUGAGGAAUGUCUGUUACCACUGUGCUUAUGCAUAAUUUUUAGAAAGGCAAAAGAGUUUGGUGGUGGGGUAUUCUCACUUGCAGCAACCGUAAUGAGUGAUCUCAUACACAAGGAUCCGACCUGCUUUUCUGUACUAGAAGCAGCUGGUCUUCCUUCCGCCUUCUUGGAUGCAAUAAUGGAGGGUGUCCUUUGUUCCGCUGAAGCUAUAACAUGCAUACCACAGUGCUUGGAUGCUUUGUGUCUGAGCAAUAAUGGUCUACAGGCUGUGAGGGACCGCGGUGCCCUAAGGUGUUUUGUGAAGAUAUUUACCUCAAAGAUGUACUUGCGUGUACUCACGGGAGAUACUCCAGGAUCCUUAUCUAGCGGUCUUGAUGAGUUAAUGCGCCAUGCUUCCUCACUGCGUGUCCCUGGAGUGGAAAUGUUGAUUGAAAUUUUAAAUGCCAUUGCCAAAUUAGGUUCUAGUUCGGAGGGAUCUCACUCAUCCAAUGACUCUCAAGGCUGCUCUACUCCUGUUCUUAUGGUCACUGAUACUGAAGAACAGAAUCUGAUCCAAAAGGGAGGUGAUGAAUCUAGUCAGGUUGAAAGCUCUGAAAAGCUCCUUGCUUCUGAUGCAUUGUUAACAAAUAUUGAGUGGUUUCUUCCGGAAUAUAUUACAAAUGCUACCCGCCUUCUUGAAACAAUUCUUCAAAAUUCUGACACGUGUCGUAUUUUUAUUGAGAAAAGGGGAACUGAAGCUGUUUUGCAAUUUUUCAGAUUGCCACUUAUGCCUCUUUCAGCUUCUGUUGGUCAGAGUAUAUCUGCUGCAUUUAAAAAUUUUUCACCGCAGCAUUCUGCGUCUCUUGUUCGAGCAGUCUGUUUAUUUUUGAGGGAACAUUUGAAAUUGACUCAUGAACUUUUAAGUACAUCUGGUGGGAUACACUUUGUUCAGAUGGAAGUUGUAAACCUGAUGAAGCUGCUAAGGUGCCUCGCUGGUCUUGAAGGUAUUGUCUCUGUUUGUAGUUCUUUGCUGAAGAGUACUACAGUGGUAAUAUCUGAAUUGGCCACCUCAGAUGCAGAUGUGUUAAAAGAACUUGGGAGGGUCUAUAGGGAGAUACAUUGGCAAAUAUCAUUGUGUAGUGAUAUUAAGGUAGAUGAGAAGCAGAAUGUCACAGCCGAAUCUGAAAAUGUAGAUGCUUCUGUAUCAACUACUGCUGGAAGGGAGAGUGAUGAUGAUGUAACUAUUCCUGUAGUGAGGUACAUGAAUCCUGUUUCUGUGAGGAACAACUCACAUCCCCAGUGGGGUAUAGGACGUGAUUUUCUUUCAGUGGUUCGCUCAAGUGAAGGUUUUAGUCGUCGUAGUCGACAUGGGUUGGCCCGAAUACGGGGAGGAAGGACAAGUAGACAUUUGGAAACUUUACAGAUGGAUUCCGAGGUUACAGCCAAUAGUAUCGAGCUACCUUCUUCUCAAGAUAUGAAAAAGAAAAGCCCGGAAGUGUUAACUAUGGAAAUUCUUAAAAAACUUUCGUCUACUUUGCGGUGCUUCUUUGUUGCUCUUGUCAAAGGUUUUACUUUGCCAAACCGUAGAAGAUCUGAGACUGGCUUAUUAGGCGCCGCUUCCAAGAGCAUUGGGACAGCCCUUGCAAAGCUUUUUCUGGAAGCUUUUGGUUUCUCAACAUAUUCAGCUUCGGCUGAACUAUCAUUGUCUGUUAAGUGCCGCUACUUGGGCAAGGUGGUGGAUGACAUGGCGGCUCUCGUAUUUGAUAAUAGACGACGCACUUGUUAUACAGCAAUGAUAAAUAACUUUUAUGUCCAUGGCACCUUCAAAGAGCUACUAACAACAUUUGAAGCUACGAGCCAGUUGUUGUGGACGCUGCCUUACGCAUUGCCACAAUCUACUAUUGAAAAUGAAAAUAUUUUAGAGGCAGGCAAGUUGGCUCAUAAUUCGUGGUUGGUUGAGACAUUGUUGAGUUACUGCCGUGUGCUCGAGUAUUUUGUCAAUUCAACUUUACUUCUAUCUCCGGCAUCUGCUUCCCAGUCCCAGUUGCUCGUUCAGCCUGUUGCAGUUGGUUUGUCUAUUGGGUUAUUCCCGGUUCCUAGAGACCCAGAAGUAUUUGUUCGUAUGUUGCAGUCUCAGGUCCUUGAUGUGAUACUUCCUGUCUGGAAUCAUGCAAUGUUUCCAAAUUGUAACCCGGGUUUCAUUUCGUCUGUUGUCUCACUUGUUACUCACAUAUACAGUGGUGUUGGUGAUGCAAAGAAGCAGCUUGGUGGGUCAGGAAGUACAAACCAGAGAUUGGUGGCUCCUCCCCCUGAUGAAAGUACUAUUGCCACUAUCAUAGAGAUGGGUUUCUCAAGAGCAAGAGCCGAGGAAGCACUAAGACAUGUUGGGACUAAUAGUGUUGAGAUGGCGAUGGAAUGGCUUUUCUCACAUGUUGAAGAUCCUGUGCAGGAGGAUGAUGAACUGGCAAGGGCUCUUGCUCUGUCUUUAGGUAGUUCCUCUGAGGUGUCUAAAAGUGAAAACAGUGAUAAACCAGUUGAUGAUGUAAGUGAAGAGGGACCAGCAACUGUGCCUCCAGUGGACGACAUCCUUGCAUCAGCAAUGAAGCUGCUUCAUACGAGUGAUACAAUGGCUUUUCCAUUGACAGAUUUGCUUAUUACCCUUUGCAGUAGGAAUAAAGGUGAAGACCGUGCAAAAGUUACAGCUUACCUUACUCAGCAGCUAAAGCUUUGUCCGCUGCAACUUGUAAAGGAUUCAACAGCCUUGUGUAUGGUCUCUCAUACUUUAGCAUUGUUACUCAAUGAAGAUGGAAAUUCGCGAGACAUUGCUGCGCGUGAUGGUAUUGCUGUCAUAGCAAUAGAUUUUUUGAUAAACUUUAAAGCUAGAAUUGUACCAGGAAAUGAGCUUGUGGUACCAAAAUGUAUUACUGCUUUGCUUCUUAUAUUGGACAUAUUGUCGCAAUCUAAGCCUAAGAUUCCAUCUCAGAGCACUGAAGCUAAUGCAGGAGGCUCUUUACCUGAUUCCACCAGUGUGCCUGCUCCAAUUUCAGCUCCAGAACAUGCAUCAGAGAUAAAGUCAGCUCCUGAAGACGUAAUAGAGAAAAAGUCAGCUGCUGGUAAUUUGGACGGGGGAAUCGACGCAGCAAUUCAGAGUAUAUUUGGGAGUUCAACUGGAUAUCUGAGUUUUGAGGACAGCAGUAGGUUACUGGUUGUUUCUUGUGAGUUGAUAAAGCUUCAUGUCCCUCCUCUUGUCAUGCAGGCGCUUUUACAGUUAUGUGCUCGUUUGACAAAAACUCAUGCUCUAGCUUUGCAAUUUCUUGAAUUUGGGGGAUUGGUUGCUCUUUUUAAUAUUCCUAUAAGCUGUUUCUUUCCUGGAUAUGACACUGUGGCAUCUGCUAUCAUUCGACAUCUCAUUGAAGAUCCUCAGACACUACAAACGGCAAUGGAACUAGAAAUUCGGCAGACACUGAGUGGAAAUCGCAAUGCUGGGCGUGUCCCAGUACGUGCAUUUUUGACAUCAAUGGCACCUGUUAUUUCAAGAGAUCCAGGUGUUUUCAUGAGAGCAGCAGCAAGUGUGUGCCAGUUGGAAUCAUCAGGAGGAAGAAAUUUUGUUGUACUGUCGAAAGAAAAAGAGAAAGAAAGGGAUAAAUCAAAAGCUCGUGUAGAAUCCGGAGCUCCCCCUAAUGAAUGUGUCAAGAUUACUGAAAAUAAAAUACAUGAUGUGUCAGGUAAAUGUGCAAAAGGACACAAAAAAUUCCCUGCAAACCUGGUGCAGGUUAUUGAUCAGCUACUUGAGAUUCUAAUGAAAUAUCCUGCACCUAAGUGCGAGGAAGAUUGUACAACUUUAAGUGCUAUGGAGGUAGAUGAAUCUUUAACCAAGGUGAAAGGUAAGUCAAAGGUUGACGAUACAAGAAAGACUGAGUCGAAAACUGUAGAGAAAUCAGCUGGGUUGGCCAAGGUAACUUUUGUGUUGAAGUUAUUGAGUGAUAUUCUUCUCAUGUAUGUUCAUGCUGUUGGAGUUAUCCUGAAAAGAGAUGCGGAAAUCUGUCAACUUCGGGGACUUAAUGUUUUGGAUUCGGCUGGACAUUGUGGGAUACUGCAUCAUGUUUUGAAUUAUCUUGUUCCUCCAUCUGGAGACAAAACAUCAGGACCUGAUGAAUGGAGAGGCAAGUUAUCCGAAAAAGCUUCAUGGUUUCUAGUGGUUUUGUGUGGUCGAUCAAGUGAAGGACGUAGACGUGUGAUAAGUGAAAUCGUAAAAACUUUAAAGUCUCUUUCAAAUUUAGAAAACAAUUCGUCUAGAAACAAUUUAUGGCCAGAUAAGAAGGUUCUCUCUUUCGUUGACCUGGUGUAUUCUAUUUUGUCGAAGAACUCAUCAUCUAGUAACUUACCUGGUACAGGAUGCUCUCCAGAUAUUGCAAAAAGCAUGAUAGAUGGCGGAAUAGUUCAGUGUUUAUCAAGCAUUCUUCAAGUGAUGGAUUUAGACCAUCCAGAUGCUUCUGAAGUUGUAAAUCUCAUACUCAAGGCUUUGGAGAUCCUAACAAGAGCUGCUCAUGCUGGUGAACAACUCUUUAAAACUGAAACUUCAGCCAAGAAAAAAUUUGCUGGUGCAGGUCAGAAUUUGGAUAAUCAAGUUAAUGCUACUUUGGUCACUGAGACUGUAGAAUCUGAUCAGAACCAUAGUCUACAUCAAGGCAACAGUGAAGGGGAUGCAAAUCAACAACUUGAAGGAAGUACUCAGCAUGAAAAUGAUCUCCAUUCAACAGUUCCCAACCAAUCCUUAGAUCAAGAUAUGAGAAUUGAGAUGGAUGAAACCGUUACUAGCAAUACGACGGCAGAUAUGGGGAUAGAUUUUAUGCGUGAUGAAAUGGAAGACGGUGACAUGAUGAAUAAUGCUGACCAAAUCGAGAUGACUUUUCAUGUAGAGAACAGGGGAGACAAUGAUAUGGGUGAAGAAGAUGAUGACAUGGGGGUUGAUGGGGAGGAUGAUGAGGAUGAUGAUGAGGGUGAGGAUGAUGAGGAAGACCUUGGAGAGGAUGGUACUGCCCUUAUGUCGCUAGCUGAUACAGAUGUGGAAGAUCAUGAUGAAGCUGCACUGGGAGAUGAUUAUAAUGAUGACAUGGUUGAUGAAGAUGAAGAUGAUUUCCAUGAGAAUCGUGUUAUUGAGGUGAGGUGGAGGGAAGCCCUUGAUGGGCUAGAUCACUUGCAGGUACUUGGUCAACCUGGAGUUGAUAGUGGCCUAAUUGAUGUGGCUGCUGAGCCUUUUGAAGGAGUAAAUGUUGAUGAUCUCUUUGGCCUCCGCAGACCUAUGGGUUUCGAUCGCCGUCGCCAGACAAGUAGAAAUUCCCUGGAACGGUCAACUACGGAAGGAAAUGGUCUUCAGCAUCCUUUCUUGUUGAGAGCAUCACAGUCUAGUGAUCUUGCAUCAACUUGGUCUUCAGGUGGGAACUCAUCCAGGGAUUUAGAGUCACUUACUGCUGGAAGCUUUGAUGUAGCUCAUCUGUACAUGUUUGAUGCACCUGUCCUCCCUUAUGAUAAUGUCCCAACUGGCGUGUUUGGUGAAAGACUUAGUGGUGCGGCAGCACCUACAUUGGCUGAUUUUUCUGUUGGUUUAGAGUCUUUACGGGUUCCAGGACGAAGAGCACCAGGUGCAGGUAGGUGGACUGAUGAUGGUUAUCCUCAAGUAGGCAGUCAGGCUGCAACUGUUGCACAAGCAGUUGAGGAACAAUUCAUAUGUCAGCUGCGUGGUAAUGCUCCCCCAGAAAAUCCUCCUGAAAUCCAGUCAAAUAAUUCAGAAUCACCGGACAAGCAAUCUGAUGGCCCCUUGAUCAGCGAUAGUCAGAUAGCUGUACAGAUUGAUGGUAGUGAAACACAGCAAGGUGAAGAUCAAAAUUGUGAAAGUGGUCAUGAAACAGCUCUCGAAAGUAAUCAGAUUGGGGACAGCAAUGCAGCUGGUGUUGAAGCAGGUGAAGAUGAUCAUGACAAUACAUCAAAUAAUCCUGAUAAUAUGGACACCGGAGAAGGAAAUGAUGUUGUCGGUGAGCCGAGGUUGAUGUCCGUUACAGAUAUAUCCCAGGAUACUCAACAAAUUGAAAUGACAUCUGAAAUGCCUGAAAGUGAUGUGCCAUUUCAGAAUUUGGAGAAUGAUGGAUCAGCAACAAUAAAUUGCCAUUCAAAUCUUGAUACAUUAAACUUAGAACUGCCUAAUCCUGGACUUGGUGAUUACCAUGGCUCUUCAGCUCAUGAAGAUAAUGAUGUUGAUAUGAAUGGUAGCCAAAUGGAAGAGAAUCCGACUGGUGAACCGAUACCUUCUCACGGUGAUGGAGAGGAUCAACCUCUUAUACCAAACAUUACGGUUGCUCAAGACACUAGUCAGAUUGAUGAAUCGCGUUUGAAUAACGAGCCUCCUAAUUCAAAUGGUAUAGAUCCGACGUUUUUAGAAGCGCUUCCUGAAGAUCUCCGUGCGGAAGUUCUUGCUUCGCAGCAAGCUCAGCCCACUCAGCCUGUUCCUGCUCCUACAUAUGAACAACCUACCGCUGAAGAAAUAGAUCCAGAAUUUUUAGCUGCCCUUCCCCCAGAUAUCCAAGCAGAAGUCUUAGCCCAACAACGUGCACAGAGGGUUGCACAACAGGCUGAAGGACAACCUGUUGAGAUGGAUAACGCUUCAAUUAUAGCUACUUUUCCUCCAGAUUUGCGUGAAGAGGUACUCUUGACUUCAUCUGAAGCUGUUUUAUCUGCAUUACCAUCUCCAUUACUUGCUGAAGCUCAAAUGCUUAGGGACAGGGCUAUGAGUCAUUAUCAGGCUCACAGUCUAUUUGGGAAUAACCACAGGCAUACUCAUCGUAGGAAUGGCUUAGGAUUUGAUCGACAAGCGGUGAUGGAUAGGGGCGUUGGUGUUACAAUAGGUCGGCGAACAUCUUCUGUUGCUGAGGGUGCAAAAUUGAAGGAAGUAGAAGGUGAACCCCUCUUGGAUGCCAAUGCUUUGAAAGCACUGAUUAGGCUCCUUCGUUUAGCACAGCCCCUUGGGAAAGGUCUUCUGCAGAGACUCUUGUUAAACUUAUGUGCCCAUAGCUGUACAAGGGCGAAUUUAAUCCGUUAUCUUCUGGACAUGAUCAAUCCUGGAAGUGAAGGCUCGUCUGAAUCAACUUGCCAAAGGUUGUAUGGGUGUCAGUCUAAUGUUGUUUAUGGUCGAUCUCAGCUGUUACAUGGUCUUCCUCCUUUGGUAUUGCGUCGAGUUCUUGAGAUAAUGACCUAUUUGGCCACCAAUCAUUCUGCUGUUGCCAAUAUUUUAUUUUAUUUUGAUCCAUCUAUUACUCAAAAUACUUUGCAUCCAAAUUCCUUGGAGAUGAAAACUGACAAGGGGAAAGAGAAGAUUGUGGAAGACCAAGAUUUGGUAACUUGUACAGAAAGAUCGAUAGAGAGGGACGUGCCUUUAAUUUCGCUACUAAAGCUCUUAAGUCAGCCACUGUUCUUACGCAGUGUGGCUCAUUUGGAGCAGGUAAUGGGCCUGCUUCAAGUGGUAGUUUUUGCUGCUGCAUCAAAGCUGGACUUCGAGUCUCAUUCUCAACCAGGAGGAACUUCAAAUUCCGAGGACAAAAGCAAAGCAGUCACUGAUGCUCAAGACAUUUUGCCUGUUUUGGAGAGGGAAUCACAUUCAAGUGGUCUUUUGCAGAACCCAGUACAGUCUGAAGGGGAAUUAGCUCUAGACAACAUUAAAUCCAGUGAUGGGUUAUCUACUUCAGCUGGACCAAAAAGUUCCAAUACUCGGGACAUCUUUUUACAGCUGCCGCAGUCUGACCUACAUAGUCUAUGCAGUCUUCUUGGGCAUGAGGGGCUUUCCGACAAAGUUUAUCUGCUUGCUGGCGAGGUGCUGAAGAAGUUGGCAUUGGUUGUUGCUCCCCAUCGUAAGUUCUUUAUUUUAGAGCUUUCAGAGUUGGCUCAUAAUCUGAGCAGUUCAGCUGUAAGUGAGCUAGUCACAUUGAGAAAUACACAAAUGCUGGGUUUGAGUGCUGGAUCUAUGGCUGGGGCAGCAAUACUCCGUGUGCUACAGACACUCAGCUCUCUCACUUUGCCAAAUAUAGAGGGGGAAAAUUCUGUCGAGAAUGCUGGUGAACAGGAAGAGCUUGCCACUAUGUGGAAGUUAAAUAUUUCUCUUGAUCCCUUGUGGCAAGAAUUGAGCAACUGCAUAAGUGCAACUGAAUCACAGUUGGCACAGAGCUCUGUCAACGUAAUAAUGUCAAACACAAAUGUGGGGGAGCAGAUACAGGGUACUUCCUCUCUAUCUCCUCUUCCACCUGGUACUCAGAGGCUCCUACCUUUUAUUGAAGCCUUCUUGGUUUUAUGUGAAAAACUACAAGCAAAAUCUUCAAUCACACAGCAAGAUCAUGCCAAUGCAACAGCUAGAGAAGUAAAAGAAUUUUCUGGGAGUUCAUCAUCAUUUUCUACAAAGUGUGGAAUAGAAUCUCUGAGAAGGCUUGAUGGUGCUAUUACGUUUACAAGGUUUGCUGAAAAACAUCGUCGCCUUCUCAAUGCCUUUGUUAGGCAGAAUCCUAGCUUGCUGGAGAAGUCUCUUUCCAUGAUUCUUAAAGCACCAAGAUUAAUCGACUUUGAUAACAAAAGAGCCUACUUCCGUUCAAGAAUCAGGCAGCAGCAUGAACAGCAUAUCUCUGGUCCGUUACGAGUUGGUGUUCGACGUGCAUAUGUUUUGGAGGACUCGUAUAACCAGUUGCGAAUGCGACCUACGCAGGACCUAAAGGGGCGAUUAAAUGUACAUUUUCAAGGAGAAGAGGGUAUUGAUGCUGGUGGUUUGACAAGAGAGUGGUAUCAAUUGUUAUCAAGGGUUAUAUUUGACAAAGGAGCUUUGCUUUUCACCACUGGUGGAAACAAUGCAACUUUCCAACCUAAUCCUAAUUCUGUCUACCAGACUGAACAUCUUUCGUACUUCAAAUUUGUUGGCCGAGUGGUUGCGAAGGCACUUUAUGAUGGGCAACUGUUAGAUGUAUACUUCACUAGGUCGUUCUACAAGCACAUUCUUGGUGUGAAGGUUACUUACCAUGAUAUAGAGGCUGUUGAUCCUGACUAUUACAAAAAUUUAAAGUGGAUGCUAGAGAAUGAUGUGAGUGAGAUACCUGAUCUGACAUUUAGUAUGGAUGCGGACGAAGAAAAACACAUUCUCUACGAGAAAACAGAGGUUACAGAGUAUGAGCUUAAACCUGGAGGAGGAAAUAUACGGGUCACUGAGGAAACAAAGCACGAGUAUGUUGACCUUGUGGCUGAACAUAUCCUUACAAAUGCAAUUCGUCCUCAAAUUAAUUCCUUCCUAGAAGGGUUCAAUGAGCUUAUACCAAGGGAACUUAUAUCUAUAUUUAAUGAUAAAGAACUUGAGCUUUUAAUAAGCGGGCUUCCAGAAAUUGAUUUGGAUGAUUUGAAGGCCAAUACGGAGUACACUGGCUACACAGUAGCAUCUCAUGUCGUCCAGUGGUUUUGGGAAGUUGUCAAAACAUUUAACAAAGAAGAUACAGCAAGAUUUUUGCAAUUUGUAACCGGAACAUCCAAGGUCCCUUUGGAAGGAUUUAAAGCAUUGCAAGGGAUUUCUGGUCCACAAAAGUUUCAGAUUCACAAGGCAUACGGAGCUCCCGAGAGGCUGCCAUCUGCGCAUACCUGCUUUAACCAAUUAGACCUUCCCGAGUAUACUUCCAAGGAACAACUUCAAGAACGCUUGCUGCUUGCCAUCCAUGAAGCUAGUGAAGGAUUUGGAUUUGGUUGAAAAGAGAAGGGCAUCACUUUCAGCUUUUUGCUAUCUGUCUGUACAUAUAACCAACUGGUCAUUGUAAUUAACACAACUGAAGGUGGGGGCUGCGUCAGGGCUAGAGUAUCUGAAGCAGAAUCGGUGAUAUGCCUGGGAAAGGAUAUGAUCAGGACUAGAGUAUCUGAAACAGAAUUGGUGAUAUGCCUGGGAAAGGAUAUGUACACUUAAACUAUAUUAGGGGAUGGUACUUUAUUGUUAUCUUAGAUGUUAUUAUCAAUAUAGACUCAGCAGUGAAUACAGAAAUAUCUGUACUGCUGUAUGGUAUAGAAUAUUUUUUGCUAUUUAAUCCUUGAUAUUCUUUAGUAUCUUUUUGGUACUUGCCUUCAAUCAAGUCCUCUGGUAUUAAGAAUCUUGUAAAUGUUUUAGGAUGAUGCAUCAGAGGUAUUGGCUUUUCUUUGUCA